AUGCCUUCACAAUCAUCUCCAAAUCACAGUUGGUCACCCAACUAUAGUCGGCAGAUGGCUGAGAAUGUCUCCAACGGAGUCACCCAUGAAGACAUGGCGAUCAAUCUGCUCCAUACACAGUUGGAGUUAUCGCUUGUAAGGGAGGAGAUUGCAAACAACAUUCGUGAAAUACGACGUAGCAUCACUAGAGACUUGGAUGCCCUAAACCAUGAAGUUGAUGAUGUUAGGGCAGGUCAGCUCGAUCUAUCUAACAUGGUUGCUGAUUUGAAAAACCAUUUAUGUUCACUACAAGCAUCAUAUGUUAACAUCGUUUUGGGUAAAAACAAGUGCACCAAAGUCAAAUGGGUUGUUGGGGAUUUUUGUUGUCGUUGUUGUGGGGUGUUAACCUACAAGUUCUUAAAAUGCCUGAAGAACUUUAGGUUACAACAUUUCUGUCGUCGGUUUGUAUUUUUUAUGAUGUACAUCUGGUUUAUUGUCCUUAUUAGUAAGGCGUUUUGUUUCUUGUGUUUUUGUUUCUGGUGGUAG